GCUGGACCCGCGGGCUCCGUUGCGCAGCAGUCCUGGCUGAGCCACUGCCCGGGCUGCCCAGACACUGCAAGCGCCCUUGCGCUCCGGCUUUCCAAGUCCCAGGGGUGCGCAGCGCCUUGGAUCUCAACGUCAUGGGGGUCCCGGGUGGACGCUGCGGGGCGCUGCUGGCAUGCCUGGCCCUAGUGAUCCUCCUCUCCGAGGCCAAUUUUUUAUCCAAGCAAGAUGCUUCACAAGUCCUGAAAAGGAAACGGCGUGCAAACUCUGGAGUUGAAGAACUCAAACAGGGUAACCUUGAAAAGGAAUGCAUUGAAGAAGUGUGCAGCAAAGAAGAAGCCAGAGAGGUUUUUGAAAAUAACCCUGAAACAGAAUAUUUUUAUCCAAGAUACUUAGCUUGUCUUCGCUCCUUCAGAGAUGGAGCAUCUGAUCAGACACAUCAGACAACCACUGUUAUUUCUCCUGAACUAAGAAGCUGUGUCAGUGCCAUUCCUGACCAGUGUAAUCCAAUGCCAUGCAAUGAAGAUGGAUAUAGAAAGUGCAAAGAUGGCCUGGCUUCAUUCACUUGCUUUUGCAAGCCAGGCUGGCAAGGAGAGAGGUGUGAAAUUGAUAUAAAUGAAUGCAAAGAUCCCUCAUAUAUCAAUGGAGGUUGUGACCAGAUAUGUGAUAAUACACCUGGAAGUUACCAUUGUUCCUGUAGAAGUGGUUAUAUUAUGCCUACAAAUACGAAAGAAUGUAAAGAUGUGGAUGAAUGCGCUAUAAAACCUGAUAUUUGUGGAACAGCUGUGUGCAAAAAUAUCCCAGGAUACUUUGAAUGUGAAUGUGCUGAAGGCUACAAAUUCAAUCCCAUAUCAAAAUCGUGUGAAGAUGUGGAUGAAUGUUCUGAGAAUAUCUGUACUCAACUCUGUGUCAAUUAUCCAGGAAAUUACACUUGUUAUUGUGAUGGGAAGAAAGGAUUUAUACUUGCUCAAGACCAGAAGAGUUGUGAGACUGUUCCAGUAUGCCUUCCAUUGAAUCUUGAUAAAAAUUUUGAAUUACUUUAUCUGGCAGAGAAGUUUUCAGGAGGUGUUUUAUAUUUAAAGUUUCGUUUGCCAGAAACUACCAGAUUUUCUGCUGAAUUUGAUUUCCGCACAUAUGAUUCAGAAGGUGUUAUCUUGUAUGCAGAAUCUCUUGAUCGAUCAGCUUGGUUCCUAGUUGCACUUCGUGGUGGAAUGAUUGAAAUUCAAUUUAAGAAUGAAUAUUCAUCUCAGAUCACAUCUGGAGGCAGAUUUAUUAGUGAUGGUCUAUGGACUAUGGUUUCUGUGGAAGAAUUAGAGAAUAGUAUUAGUGUUAAAGUAGCCAAGGAACCCGUGAUGAAUAUAAUUAAACUUAAUACGCUUUUUAAGCCUACAAAUGGAUUUCUAGAAAUCAAAGUAUAUAUUGCAGGAUUACCUCGCACAUUGGGGAAUACACUCAUUAAACAGAUUAACCCUCGUCUAGAUGGAUGUAUACGAAGCUGGAAUUUGCUAAACCAAGGAACUUCAGGAAUAAAGGAAAUUAUUCAAGGAAAACGAACGAAGCAUUGUUUUGUCACUGUGGAGAAGGGUUCCUAUUAUCCUGGUACUGGAAGUGCUCUAUUUAACUUAGAUUAUAAUAACGUAUCGAAAGCUGAGAGUUGGCAACUGAAUGUGACCUUGAAUAUUCGUCCUUCUACGGGCACUGGUGUUAUGUUUGCCCUGAUAUCUGGUUAUACAGUACCCUUUGCCAUAUCCUUGAUGGAAACCACUUCUGAUAAAAUUCAGGAAAUCCAGAUAUCUGUGGGACGUACAAUAAUAUUUCGUGUAAAGGCCUUAAAUUUGUGUUCCAACCAAAAAACACAUCUGGAAUUUAAAGUCAACAAAAAUAAUCUAGAGCUAUGGACUUCCUUUAAAAAAUAUGUUAUUCAAGUUGAAGGCUUUCAAAAAGAACUGAACAUCUUGGACAAAGCAAUGAAAGGAAAAGUUGCCACUUACCUUGGUGGUCUCCCAGAUGUUCCAUUCACUGCCACACCAGUUACUGCCUAUUAUAAUGGCUGUAUGGAAGUGAACGUCAAUGGUAUAGAGCUAGACCUGGAUGAAGCCAUUUUCAAACAUAAUGAUAUAAGAUCUCACUCGUGCCCAACAGCUCAAUAAGUACACAGGGUCCAUAAGGAACUUUUUCUCUAAUAAUACCUUGUUUUUAUUGUAAUUAAACUUAUAUUUCAAUAUA